GAGUGACGCUUUACGGCAGGCAUGUUUCAGUUCGCAGCUUGUUAGCCAAAAAGCUGGUAGUGCAGAAUUUCGUUUUUAAACGCAGUUGAUUUACGUUACAGGUUUGUAAUCAGGAAAAAUGGAUGUCGGAGAGCUUCUGAACUAUCAGCCUGACAGAGGAGCCAAGCGCCUGAGGGGAGAGGAUGGAGGAGCUGCAGGAGGAGACGACAAUUCCAGAGCAGGGAAGCAGCAGAAAGGUGUGGGAGCCAGGGAGGCAGCCAGAUACAGAGACAUGGGAGGAGGAAUAGAAGGAGGUGUUGAAAUGAAGGAAAUGGAAGAGCCGACUGGAGACAAAAAGUUGAUCUUGGAAAAACUGAUGGAUCAGGAUGAGGAAGAACCUGAGGCGGAGCCGGUUGACGAGAGCUCAGUGAAGAAAAUGAUCCUGACCUUUGAGAAAAGGUCAUACAAAAACCAGGAACUGAGGAUAAAGUUUCCAGACAAUCCAGAGAAGUUUAUGGAGUCGGAGCUAGACCUGAAUGACAUCAUUCAAGAAAUGCACGUGAUCGCAACGAUGCCAGAUCUCUACCACUUACUGGUGGAGCUUAAUGCCGUCCACUCACUGCUGGGCCUUCUUAGUCAUGAAAACACUGAUGUUGCCAUAGCUGUGGUGGACCUCCUGCAGGAGCUUACAGACAUCGACACGCUCCAUGAGAGUGAGGAGGGAGCCGAGGUCCUCAUUGAUGCUCUGCUGGAGGGUCAGGUGGUGGCUUUGCUUGUGCAGAAUAUGGAGCGGCUGGAUGAACAAGUGAAGGAAGAGGCUGAUGGCAUCUACAACACGCUUGCUAUUAUUGAAAAUAUGGCAGAGUUCAGACCUGGCCUGUGCACUGAAGCCGCUCAACAGGGACUCAUGCAGUGGCUGCUCAAAAGGAUCAAGGCCAAGAUGCCGUUUGAUGCUAACAAGCUGUACUGCAGUGAGAUUCUGGCCAUCUUGCUGCAAAAUAACGACACUACCCGAGAACUACUGGGAGAAAUGGAUGGUAUCGAUGUGUUACUGCAGCAGCUCUCUGUGUUUAAACGUCACAACCCAAACACAGCCGAGGAGCAGGAGAUGAUGGAAAACCUCUUUGAUGCUCUGUGUUCCUGCCUCAUGCUGUCCUCCAAUCGGGACCGCUUCCUUAAAGGAGAAGGACUGCAGCUAAUGAACCUCAUGCUCAGAGAAAAGAAGAUGUCUCGAACCAGUGCUCUGAAGGUCCUGGACCAUGCUAUGAUUGGGCCUGAGGGAGCCGAUAACUGCCAUAAAUUUGUGGAUGUCCUGGGCUUGCGGACCAUCUUUCCACUUUUUAUGAAAACCCCAAAGAAGAUGAAGAAAACUGGUUCUUCAGAGAAGGAGCACGAAGAACACGUCUGCUCUGUCAUCGGUUCCAUGCUGAGAAACCUCAAGUCCCAGCAGAGAACCAGACUACUCAACAAGUUUACAGAAAACGACUGUGAAAAGGUGGAUCGACUGAUGGAGUUGUAUUUUAAGUUCCUGGAGGCUGUUCAACAGGCUGAUAAGAGGAUCGAAGGGGAGAAACAUGAGAUGGUUCGCCGGGGGGAGAUCCUGGACGACAGCAUGGAGGACGAGUUCUACCUUCGCCGCCUAGAUGCUGGACUGUUUGUUCUUCAGCUGUUGUGCUAUAUUAUGGUGGAGAUCAGCAGCUCAGGAGUCUCACAGCUGCAACAGCGGGUUCAUCAAAUUCUUAAUAUAAGAGGAGGUUCGGUCAAAGUAGUGCGCCACAUCAUGAGAGAAUACGCAGAGAGCAUCGGAGAUGGAAAGAGCGACGAGUUCAAAGAGGCUGAGCGGAAGAGGAUCAUGGACCUAGCAGACAACUUUUAAUCUUUUUCUCUCCUGCACAGACACAGAAACCCUUCACCGCAAACAAAAUACAUUCAUAUUCCAGACAGUUAAAGUCAACAUUUACUGAAACUGAAAUUAAAAUACAAACUGCAAAAAGACAUGUUGGUUUGUUUAGAAAAUGUACAGAAAAGUACCUUGAAACUCCCUUGUUAUUCUUACCUUGCCUAAAUGAAACUCAAUCCAUCGGCUCGAGUAAAUAAUGAUUUAAAGUUUUAUCUGAUUAAACUAACAUGAGAUCACAGUAGAUAAAUUACAUCCCUGCAUGUCCUCUUCCAUUGCACCUGCUCCGCCUUUUUGUUUUUUGAAGCUGUACGCUAUUUUCUAAUAAAACAUUUGGUAUUAAA